AUGGACUGGCGGCUGGCGCUGCGGCGGCUGGAGGAUGGCCCCCGCCUGCGCCAGGCCCCUGCGCUACUGUCGCGCGUGGCGCGGCGCCGCUGGCCUCUGGCGCACUGGGCGCUUCGAAGCCUCGCCACGCAGCGCCUGCGACCCGACGCCGCGGUGCGCAAUGGCGCCGUCGCGACUGGAGCAGGCGCCUGGCGCCAGCAGCUGGGGCUGCUGUCGCCCGAGGAUUCGGUGAGUCAGAACCUCGCCAUCAGCGCCUGCCGCGAUUGGCGCCGCGCCGUGAGCCUCCUCCGUGGCGGUCGUCCGGACGUCGUGGCGCAGAAUGCGGCGCUGGGCGCGUGCGGCAAGGAGCGCUGGGCGCAGGCGUGGCGCCUGCUGGCGUCGAGCGAGGCCCAGGCGCUGCAGCUGGACGUCAUCAGUUACAGCUGUGCCCUGCGGCCCUUGUGGCUCUCCGCAGCUGGGCUGCUGGGCGCGCUGCGCCGCUCGCUGCUGCGCGCGGACGUGGCGGCGCUCGGGGCGGCGAUGGCGGGGAUGGGCUGGAGACGGGCGCUGCGGUGGGUGAGGCGGAUGGAGGAGGAGGCUUUGCCGGCCAACUGGCGCAUCCUGGGCGCUGCCGUGGGGGCCUGCGCCAAGGGCAAGCGCUGGGCCGAGCUGCUGGGCCUGCUGCGGCCGGCGGAAACGCCGCGUUGGCCGACGCCGGUGGCCAACGCGGCGGUGGACGGGUGCGAGCAGGCCUGGCCGCAUGCGCUGGGAGUGGCGGCGGCCAUGUCCUGGGCCAAGGUGGAGGCCGACGUCAUCACACGCAAUGCGGCCCGCGCCCCAGCAGGUCUGGGCCAACAGGUGCUCGCCUCGGCGCCCUGGGCCUCCGCGCUGGCCGUGGCGUCUGCUGCGCAGCUCGAGAGCGUGGAGGGCCUGGGCGCGGUGGUGCGGAAGGCGCAGCGCUGGGAGCGGGCGGAGGCGCUGCUGGCGCUGAUGCGACCAGGCGGUCUGGAGAUGUCCUCGGUGGCCCUCAACGGCGCGCGGCAGCACUGGGCGCAGCUGGGGCUCUGGCGCCGCGCGCUGCGGGGCCUGGGCUCGGACCCGGUGACCUUCAACGUGGCGCUCUUUGGAGCGCAGCGGGCGGAGGAGUGGGGCACAGCAGCGCACCUGUUGCAGAAACUGAGGUCCAUCGCCUUGCAGCCAGGCCUGAUCACGCACAACACCCUGCUGGCAUCGCUGGAGUCGAGGUGGCAGCGCUGCCUUGGGCUCGAGACGUUCGCUUGCGACGACGUCGGCUUCAAUGCUCGCCUGAGGGCAUGUGAGCAGGGCAGCGCGUGGGGGCAGGCGCAGGAGCUCCUGAUGGGGUUCUUGGCCAACGGCCUGGAGCCCAAAGUCAUCACCUUCAGCGCCUGCGUGGGCGCGUGCCAGCGCGCCCAAGAGUGGCGCCGCGCCCUGCGUUUGGCUCGUGCGCUCGAAGCGGCGGGCCUGGAGCCGAGUCUGGUGACGGCCGCCUGCGCCGUGGCGGCGGCGCUGUGUGGGCAGCGCUUUGGGCAGGCGCUGCGGCAGCUGGCGGCGCUGGAAGCGAGCUCGGCCCAGUCGCUGCGGGAGUCGCAGUGA